AUGGCCGAUGUCGAGGAACCUCAGUUCACCACUCUCGCCGAGAGGAUUGCCGCUCUCAACAAGCAGAAGAACUUCCAGAGCUCUGCCCCCUCUCCAGCUGGCAAGCGACCGCCCCCUCCCCCGCCUCCGGCAAACAGGUCCGCCUCGCAGGUCUCGCGACAAUCCACCGAUAACCCGGUCCGACCUACCGUUGCUCUCCAGAAAAGCCCAACCGUCCCUGCACGGCCCUCUGCUCGGGACGACCCCCCUCCACUGCCUCGAAGGACGACCGCACCUGCAAACGAGAAUGAGAGCUCGCCACCUCUACCCAGCCGAGGCUUGGCACCCCCAUUGCCGUCUCGCAGGUCAUCCCAGCAGACCUCCCCGUCUCUUCCUCCCCGGCGGCCCUCCUCGCAGCAGAUUGGAGUCCGGCGAAACUCGAAUUCAUCAGUCAUAUCUCACGUCUCGACAAUUUCCAACGUAUCGCUGAAUCAAAGCUCGUCGGCCACAAGUGUCGGCUCGACGGACGGGCACAACACAAGAAAACUCCCGCCGCCUCUUGACCAGGCCAAACUCCCACCACUACCGCCUACGAGGAGAGAGCUAGAAGCAAAGGCCAGAGAGGCCGCCGCAUCGGAGCAAGCCGUGCAAGCGGCGAGGGCGCCUCUCCUACCUACGAGAUCCUCCCCUGCCGUCCCGCGUGUCGCGGAGCCGGCCAGGCCAAGUCUGCCGCCCCGGCUACCGAGCAGACCCGCGCGAUCUGCGGCGGCGGCUGCCGAACCGCAGGCCGAGCCCGGGCCACGCCUGCCUGCCCGAAAAUUGCCUCCGCGUCCGGCAAGUUUUGCGCAGCCAAAAUCCGUUCUUCAGCUCGGCUUCAACAAUCGCGAGAAGCCACCAGCCGCCGCGGAGCUACCGGCCGACGAUGCGCCGCCACCUGUGCCAGUGGCCUCGCGGCCUUCCCUCGCGCAGAUCAACGCCGCCGGCACGCGCUCGGAGCCCGCAAUCUCCCGGGAGAACUGCUGCCUGAUCUGCAGGGACUUUUCCGGCCCCGAUAAUGUGGCAGCGCAGUUCCCCGUGGCGAGCCUCCCCAGGCAAGACCCAGUAGGCUAUCUGGCCCGUGUCCUCUGUAGUUCGUUCCAGUCUCCCACGGACAAGGCCCGGGCGAUCUUCACCUGGUGCCACCACAACAUCGCCUACGACGCCGAAAACUUCUUUGGCGGCUGCAUCCCUCGAGGCCAGACGGUCGAGCAGAGUAUGUUCAGCGGGAAAGCCGUGUGCGAGGGCUAUGCCAAGAUCUACCAGGCCAUAGCUCAGCGCGCAGGGCUGGAGUGCGUCGUGGUAGGCGGACACGGCAAGGGCUACGGCUUCACCAAGCUGGGGCCAAACGACCCGCUGCCGCCUCGCAAACCGACUGGCCACGCUUGGAACGCGGUGCGGGUCGACGGCGGGGAGUGGAAGCUCCUGGACGCCUGCUGGGGAGCCGGCAACGUCAACGACAGGCGCUUCAACAAGGUCUUUGACCCGGACAUGUUCACCAUGUCCAACGAGCUCUUCGGCCUGAAGCACUUCCCCGAGGACAGCCGCCACUUCUACCGCGCCGACGGCCGCGUCCCGACCUGGGAGGAGUACAUCGUCGAGCCGCUCAAGGACGAGCCCGCCACGCUCUACUCCAACGCCCGCGCCGAGGGCAUCUCGGAGUGGACCAUGGCGCCCCGCGAGAAGCACAUCCCCGUGCGCGGCGGCCGCGGCGGCGAGGUCGUGCGCUUCCAGAUCUCCAAGCUCUGCGAGCACUGGACCUACGAGAAGCACGGCGGCGGCCGGAAGCCCUACCUCAUGAUGCUCAAGAUCCACGGCCUCGACGGCCGCAAGGAGGACCUCGUGCCCAUGGAGCACGACGGCGGCUUCUGGUGGUGGGCCGACAUCCCCGCGCGCGACCUCGGCGCCCCGGGCCAGACCGUCUCGCUCUACGGCCUCGACACGCUCGACGGCCGCGACGCCCGGGGCGUCUCCAAGCGGCUGUUCCUCCAGAAGAAGGGCACGUGUGGCAUGAGCUGGGUGGGGAUCGCUGCUUGGGAGCUGGUAUAA